GUAGGCAGGGUGGGUAGUGCUGUGGGCAUUUGGAGGGGGCUGCAGCAGGUGGAAAUUUCUGUUAUUAAAAAUAAUUUUGUCUUCUAGCAGCUGUUUCCUUUUCUAAGUGGAAUGUGUUCAUGUGCAACAAUCUAAGAGUGAAAGGAUAAUGCACCUUGAACUGAAUGAGAGCACUGAACUCCAGCAAUUAUCAGUGAUUUGAUGACACACAGAACUUGCAAUGCAGGCAAUAAAAACCGUGGAAAAAGAAGUGACUUUUAUAAAGGAAACACUUUUCACAGAAUCCUUCCUAAAGAAACAGGAGUGCAGCAGAAGCCCAGAGAGCAGGCAGCUCUGUGAGCAGCAGCCAUUGGAAGGAGCUGUCUGCAGCUCGCAGUGCUGUACUGAGCAUGUCCCAGCGGAGCCCAGUGCAAGCAGCACAUUAUGCAAAAAGGCAGCUCUAGCAGAUGGGAGAGAGGCACAGCAAGCAUUUGCUUCACUUGCAUCACCACCGCUUGAAAACAAACCUGGAUUGCUAGAGGGGAUCUUGCCGGCAGGCCAAAGGAGAGAAACCUGGGAGCAUGGCUUGAUUACUGAAGGUGCUGCGUUGCGAAAAAUCAUGGGGAAUCAAGAUGGGAAGCUAAAGAAAAAUGCAGGUGAUGUGCAUGAAGGAGGAGAGGAUGCCUCUGGGCCGAAGGAUACAGAUGGCACAAAGAAGGUAUCGGGAAGCAAAAGGGGACUGGGGAAGCAUGCAAAAGGAAGCGAAUCUGGUAAAAAGAAGGGUAAAUCGGAUUCGAGAGCUUCUGUGUUUUCAAAUUUGAGGAUUAGAAAAAAUCUGUCCAAGGCUAAAGAUGGGAAUAGUAGUUCAAGGGAGGAUGUUUUGGAAAGUCAGGCCUUGCCAGCCGGAGAGCUGGACAGUACUCAUUCGAUCGUUACCAAAACUCCAGAUAUAAGCAUCUCUGCAGAUGAAGGGGGUCUUUCUGAUACAGAUGCUGAACAUUUUGAAAUCAGAAAUGAAACUGUCCCAGUUGCUGCAGAGGCACAGGAUGGACAAAGGACCAGCUCUGGCUCUGAUACAGAUAUAUACAGUUUCCAUUCAGCCACAGAACAAGAGGAUUUGCUUUCUGAUAUCCAGCAAGCUAUUAGACUGCAGCAGCAGCAGCAGGGGGCAAUUAACAUUGGAACGGAGGACCUUGUCACCAAAACAAUGGGGCGACACAUGGCUAAUUCGCAAGCAGCCCCUUUGGAUUUUGAACGGUUUCUUUCAGUAACCGCCACUGACAAAGAGAGUAGCCCUGACGCUGUGGAGGCUUUUCCAGCAGUAUCUGAAAUUGCGGAAGACGUUCCUGUUUCCUGUGCAACUGAACGUGAACUGAAAGAACCAGUAAAUGGAACAGGCUCUCCUGGUAACGGUUUAUUUGAACCACAGGAACGUAAGCAAUUGCCUGAGGAACAGCUCACUGCUGGAGUGGAUGCUGUAGCUUGUGAGCUAGAGGGUGAUUUAAAUAGAACUGUGACAGAAAAUGGGUCUGAGGCAUGCAGCUCCACAACACAUCCUCCAACCUCAGCAGCAGAUUCUGAGGCUAAAAUUGCUGAAGUGCAGGCUGUUGAUUUCCAAGGUUCAGUAACAGAGGAUAGUGCGUCAGAUGCAGGCCGAGAUUAUGCCGCUGAGAGUCAGGAAGGGAAACAUGUUCCACCAGCCAGUCAAGAGGACUUGCAUAAUGGUUUAUCUAUGGAAAUGAAAAAUGGCAUUUUAUCCUCUGAAGGAACAGCCGGAAGUCCGAUGUUUGGCUCCCGAUGCUUUAAGCCCUAUCUAAUUAAUCCUUGUUACAUCAAAACCACAACUAGGCAACUGAGUUCUCCCAACCAUUCACCUUCUCCCUCCCCAUCUCAGAGCCCGCUUUUUACAAGGAGGCAAGAGUCCUUCCACAAAAAAGAAAAAGUUCCUAUUAAGAAGCAGAGGUCUGCUAGUUUGGCUGGUUUAUUUAGCCGUUCAGCAGACUGGACAGAUGAAGUAUCUAAUCACAGAAGCGAGAUAACACAGAAGGUGGGCUCUGCAGGCUACUUGGAUCAUAAGGGGUUUAGUGAGAAAUUUCAAACAGAAAGAGUGCCUUUGACUCAUUCAAGAAAGUCCUCAGGGGUGCAGGCUUCUACAGAGGCAUUUCCCAAUGUCUUUUCAGGACGAACUCUGCUGGAAAAGCUCUUCAGCCAGCAGGAAAAUGCACCACAAGAAGAAGCAGAAAAGCUAUGUUCUCGUAUUAUUGCAUUGGGUCUCUUACUUCCAUUCACCGAUUGCUUCAGAGAACCAUGUAAUCAGAGUGCCCAGCAAAGCACACCCACUUUUGAUCAAGACCAGCUUUAUACUUGGGCUGCAGUUAGCCAACCCACACAUUCAUCAGAUUACAUUGAAGGAAGCUUUCCAAGAAGAAUUCCAUCUGCAUGGCCCCCACCCAAACCUCCAGAUGAAGAACAAAAACUUAAAAUUCCAGAAGCAGAAUCAGAGUUGAAAUCUACUGUGCUAGAAGCAGGAAAACAACACAUAGAAGAUGUUCAGCAGGUACAGAAAGAAGACUGUUCCACAGUACCUGGGUCCUGGGAUGAUUUGGAAGUGAAAUCUGAGGAGCGUGCCAGUGUCAUCCAGCAGCUUGAGCAAACUAUUGAGGAUCUGAGGACUAAAAUUGCAGAACUAGAGAAACAGUUCCCUGCUACAGAAAUACAGACUACUGAGAGGGAGCAGGAACACGAGCAUGUGCAUACUGCCUCCAGGGAAUUCAGUAGUGUGACACUUCAAACGGAGGCUGUGCCCAGAACUGUGUCACAAGCAAGAUCUGUACAAACGUCACCAACAGAAGAUUAUUCACUACACAGAAUGCCUUCAGCCAAUGCACUGCCACUGCCUCCUUCACCACUGAACUUGGAAAGUGGCAAAGGUGAAGAGCCAUCUGAGAAAUUGCCAGCUCUAGAAUUACAGCCUACAUUUUGUUCUGAAAUCUCCUUAAUUCUGUCACCGAAGUUAAUCUCGGUGCCGCUGGAUUCAAGCCAAUCAGUACAGACUGCUUUACAUUCACCUCUUCCAGGACCCAAAGCUAAUUUGUCCCUUGCAAUUGAAGGCGAGACUGAAUUUUCUGCUCCUCAUCAAUCAACAGGUAUUACAAAUGUGACUUGUAGUGAACAUUUCCUUUCUUUACCCCCAGAGCCCACAUGUAGCAUCCCUUCAUCACUAUCGGCCACUGAACUUGCUGCUCCUGUACCUGGGGAACGUGGCUCUUCUGUCACUGCUCCCAUACCCGUGGCAGGAGUGCCACUCCCACCACCCUUGCCUAGCUCAGGACUCCCUCUGCCUUUUGCUGGCCCAGCAAUGCCACACCUGGACCACUCUUUGCCUGGUGUAACGAUAGCACCCCAGCAGCUGUUGCUACAACCACCACCUCCUCCUCCUCCUCCUUUGCCAAGUGGGGAGAUACCAGUGUUGUCUUCAGCUCUCUCUCUCCCAUGCACUGGAGUUCCACCACCACCUCAACCACCACCUCUGCCAGGAGCAGGAGUCCCACUUCCUCCUUCUGGUUGGGGCAUCGCACCACCGCCACCUUUAUCUGCAGCUGGUAUCCCUCCCCCACCUCCUCCUCUGCCUUGCCUGGGAAUGCCACCUCCACCCACAGCACCAACUCUAUCUGGAGUGGGAGUGCCACCACUUCCUCCACCUCUGCCUGGAGGGGCCAUCCCACCAUUUCCUCCUCCACCACCACCUCCUCUACCUGGUGCAGGUGCCCCUUUACCACAACCUCCUCCGCCACCACCUCUACCCAGUGCAGGAGUCCUGCCUCCUCCGCCACCUCCUCUACCUGGUGCAGGAGUCCCUCCUCCGCCACCUCCUCCGCCACCUCCUCUACCUGGUGCAGGAGUCCCUCCUCCGCCACCACCUCUACCUGGUGCAGGAGUCCCUCCUCCGCCACCACCUCUACCUGGUGCAGGAGUCCCCCCUCCACCACCUCCUCUACCUGGGUGGGGGGUGCCACCUGCAGCCCCACCACCUUUGCCUGGAGAAGCGGCACCCCUUCCACCACCAGCUCAAGGCAGUGCCUAUACAGCAGUUCCACAAGUUGGUGGAUUUCUUCCUCCACCAUUACCAUCUGGUUUAUUUGCAAUGGGUAUGAAUCAGGAGAAAGGGAGCAGGAAGCAUGUGAUAGAGCCUUCUCGACCAAUGAAGCCUCUUUAUUGGACAAGAAUUCAGCUCCACAGUAAAAGAGAUUCUAGUGCUUCACUUGUGUGGGAAAAAAUUGAAGAGCCUUCCAUAGAUUAUCAUGAAUUUGAAGAACUAUUUUCUAAAACAGCUGUUAAAGAGAGGAAGAAACCUAUUUCGGACACCAUUACAAAAACAAAGACCAAACAAGUUGUCAAGUUAUUAAGUAACAAAAGAUCUCAAGCUGUUGGAAUAUUAAUGUCUAGCCUUCACUUAGACAUGAGGGACAUUCAGCAUGCUGUUGUGAACUUAGACAACUCUGUGGUUGACCUAGAGACCCUUCAAGCCCUCUAUGAGAACAGAGCACAAUCAGAUGAAUUAGAAAAAAUCGAAAAGCACAGCAAGGCAUCUAAGGAAAAAGAAAAUGCUAAGUCUUUGGAUAAACCAGAACAGUUCCUCUAUGAACUCUCACUAAUUCCCAACUUUUCAGAGCGUGUAUUUUGCAUCUUGUUUCAGUCAACAUUUUCAGAAAGCAUUUGUUCAAUCCAUCGCAAACUUGAAUUAUUACAGAAACUCUGUGAGACACUGAAAAAUGGGUCAGGAGUUAUGCAGGUCUUAGGUUUGGUUCUUGCUUUUGGAAAUUACAUGAAUGGUGGAAAUAGAACACGAGGACAGGCUGAUGGGUUUGGACUAGAUAUCCUGCCAAAACUGAAAGAUGUCAAGAGCAGCGACAACAGCAGAAGUCUUCUAUCUUAUAUUGUCUCGUACUAUUUGCGUAAUUUUGAUGAGGAUGCUGGAAAAGAGCAAUGUAUCUUUCCUCUUCCCGAGCCACAGGAUCUCUUUCAGGCUUCACAGCUGAAGUUCGAAGACUUUCAAAAGGAUCUCCGCAAAAUGAAGAAAGAUUUGCGAGUAUGUGAGACAGAAGCAGCAAAAGUUUAUCAGCUAUCACUAGAAGAGCACCUACAGCCUUUCAAAGACAGCAUGGAGCAAUUCAUUAGUCAAGCUAAAAUAGACCAAGAAAAUGAAGAGAAAUCACUGACAGAAGCACAUAAAAGCUUUUUGGAAACUGCAGCCUAUUUCUGUAUGAAACCAAAAAUGGGAGAGAAAGAGGUAUCCCCACAUUCUUUCUUCAAUAUUUGGCAUGAAUUCAGUUCUGACUUCAAAGACUUCUGGAAGAAAGAAAACAAACUUAUUCUUCAAGAAAGAGUUAAAGAGGCAGAGGAAGUCUGCAGACAGAAAAAGGGGAAAUCACUAUACAAUAUAAGACCAAAACAUGACUCUGGAAUUAAAGCCAAGAUAAGUAUGAAAAUCUGACAGAAGAAAAGCAAAAGCCAUUGUUACCUGGUUACCAAAACUCAGCAUGUCUGUGGGUGGGGUGUGAGGGGGAAGGAAACUACAUUAUCCUGAUCAUUUGCUUUCUGGACCUUUUGAAUUCACUUUUUGUUCUCUGGAGUUUUCCACCAAUUGAUGUGUUAAUGUACCUUCAUGAAUGAGUGUAAACACUUUAAUGGAGUGCCCGGCAAUAGACUAGAUAUUGACUUGAAACACCUUCCCUGUAUUCAGUAUCUCCUUUACCACUCAAAGAUGAUAUUUUGUAAAGUGUAUGGUAUACUACAAAUAGGCCAAGUCAGCAUGCAUAAAAACGGUAUCUGCAUCAGUACUGAACAUGCUGAAAAUUGCAUUAAGUUGAACUUCAUAAGAAUACUACUUGAUAGAGUAAAACGUUUCCGUUCCUACAGGCAACAUCUGUCUAAAGCAGAUACUUCAUGACACUGCACUUAGAUUAGGGAAAGAAAUGUUACUCCUAGUGAAUUGUUUGUAUCUGUUUCAUGUUGGCAUAUGUAGUUUGUAUUUUGAAUCGUUAAGUGCUGCUUAUACAGUAUAAUCAAUGCUUUCCCAACUUGUUUGGUUGCCCUCCAUGGCUAAAUAUUUGUGGAACAAGAUGUUUACUGUAACUAUGUUUAAAAUCAAUAAGGCAACAUACUUUUACAACUUUUACUUCAUCUUUUGCCAGAUAGUGAAUGCCAGGUGGUAAUGGGGGUCAGAAAUCCAGUAUUUAAAAAAAAAAAAGGGGGGGGGGAGGCAGGGAGCAAGACAAUACAGAAAAGCACAGAAGUACUAUAGAGAGAAUAUGAGAGAGAUUUGGCUGUUAUAGUUUGUUAACAUAUAAAGCAGCUAAUAAUUUUACAUGAACUUUAGAAAGCAUAGUAUAGAUUUAACUGCUGAUAAGUCAGACAGGCUUUUGGCCACAUGUAAAUGACUUCUCUUUUGGAAUUAGCUUUACAGUUACUUUAAAAUUCCUUUAGAGAGCCGCUAAAUAUGCACAUGGGGACUGACAUUUAUGAAAAACAGUAGCCAAUUCUAGUGACAGACACGGACUACCAACUAAUUGACAUUAAUUUCACACUUAGCAUAGUUGCAGGGUUUUUCUCCAGGUUUUUGUGUCCCUAGCUAGGAGAUUAAUGAUUGAAAUCUAUAACACACGCUUUAUUUCUAUUUGCAAUCUAGAAUUGAUUGUAUCAGCCUUUAUCUGCUCAACCAAUAACAACUCUUUCCUCCAGUCAUGAUUAAAUAGCACCAAAACAAUCCGCCUGAUUGAUAACAUUCUGCUUUCAAGGCUCACAUUUCCUGAAAGCAACCAGAGUUUGAUACUGAGUUGGAGGCACAUGCUUCAUUCAGCCUUGCUCCCUGACAGGCACUGGAGUAAAAAGCAAAUGAAGUCU